AUGCCUCAGGUCUUUGGGAGUAUCGUUGAUGAUCAUACAAGAUGCACCCAUUACCAUUCGAAGCUAGAUAUAAUUGCGAUAAAGUGUAAGUGUUGUCGAAAAUACUACGGGUGCUACAAGUGUCACGUCGAAGAUAUAGGGCUGGAGCCAGAAGUAUGGAACAUAGAGGAUACCGAUGAAAAAGCCAUUCUUUGUGGGGACUGCAGCACGGAAUUGACCGUCAGGCAGUAUAUACAAAGCAAUAAUGUAUGCCCCAACCGCAAAUGUCUUGGAAGUUUUAAUCCUGGUUGCUCGUUGCACUAUCAUUUAUACUUCGAACUGGGCUGUGUGCUGCAAUGCAGGAAAGCGAAUUAA